CACUGUUGCGGUUUCAAUGAAGCUGUGAUUCGAUUGGUCAUUGCUGCUGUGGUGGGUGUGGCUAUUGUUGCCAUAGUGAUUUAUGACAUCAGAUCCUGAAAAGCUUAAAAGAAGAGGAGAAUAUCUCAAUCGGUCCCUGAAUGAAGAGCCAUGGACAAAUUGUUCUUUAGAGUCAAUUCUCAUAAAAAAAGGUCAUGGAAAUCCACUGGUCAGAAAGAGUGUGAACCCUUGCAAUAUGUACGUACUUUAUCUUUUCAUUUAAAUAAUAUAAAGCAUAUUAUGGGUUUUCAAGGACAACUGAGUAAAUUGAGUCUAAGUUUCUUAAGUGAUGUUUAACACUUUAGUAUAGGGACCAAUUAAUUAUUAACAAGUUGCUUAUGAACAAGCCAAUAAUUGACAUAUUGGCAGUUUAUUAGUACUUAUAAAGCACAUAUUCUGCAUGCCCAUAUGCCUAAUCUUACUAGCUACCACGCCCUUGGCAGUAUAAAACCAUCUUGUUCCGUCAAAAUCACUGUAGUGAGUCAGGAGUUGGAAUUGCAAGUACUGAAAAUGAUCAGGAUAGACUAUUAUAGCAUCUAUUUAGCAUAUUAAUUAUAUAGUUAUUUAGAUCUUCAAGUUAGCGUAGAUUUAUCUGUAUUUAGAACAGUGGUCAGGAUGGUACGUAGGUGUGUUGCUGGUUGUGACAGCUAUGCAGUCCAGCAGUGUUUUCCAGCACACUUUAAAAUUAGGCGCCAGUGGUUGCAUGCACUUGGCCUGGUAGACCGUGAGUUCCCGCCUAGAGCUGGAGUGUGCAAACUGCAUUUUACACGGGAUUGCUUCUCCAACGCAAUGGAGGUGGAAAUGGGCUUCUCCACACGGCUCACGCUGAAAAGCGAUGCGAUGCGGGAGUUAAGGCCGCAGUUUGAGCCAGCGGCUCGAAUUGAUAUGAACAGACACCUCCACAUCCUCCACUUCAGGUGAAGGUAAGGGAGAAAAGUCCUCUACUUCAAAUGAUCGCUCUGUUGCAAAGCUACUUGCGUCAUUACAGUCACUCUCCAUUUUAGCGUCUCUGACAGCAGCUGUCAAUCCGUCACUGUGGGUCUCAUGUUCAUGCCGCACUCGCUCAGCCCCGCCCUAGGUUCGUCCCCUCUAUCUCCGCUGUGAUCUGCCCACUUUUCAGCAAAUAUUGUCAGUGGAUGGAGUCAGGCUCUGACCAGGGGUUUAGUUACCCUUUAAUGGUUAGUUAAUAGCGACAAUUGGACCUUAAAAUAAAGGGUGAUUCUUUGUCUAAUCUGCUUGGUGUUUAUUAUGGGGUUGAAUGGAAUCAGUUUGAAUUGAUCAGGAACUGAAGGUUGUUUGUUUGAACCCCAGUAGAUUGUUGAAGGGUUUCGUGGAGAUGCUAACAAAUUAACUCAAAUACUAACAAAUUUAACUAUAUGUUUAGAAUCUGCAUCAGUAUGAUAAUGAAAAAUAAAAAUGUCAAGGCCAACAUUGAAAUGAGAAAUCUGAUAAAAAAUAAUGAUUGCACAGAUAUGAUCAGCAAAAAUAAAUGUGUCAAAUGAAAGUCCUAUCCUUAACAGCAUGACCUUAUCUUUUGUAGUUCAUAGGUGCAUGACUGUUUUUAGAUAAUGUGAACUUUAACUUCAAUUUUUCUAUGAAAUGGAGACAGUAUCAUCCAUCCAUCUAUAAUUCCCUGAAGAAAGCUGCCCAUUUUUUUCCUGUUUAUGGCAUCUGGUAGAUUUACUUUAGAUCUACAUUGUAAAUAUAGUUUUACAAUUAUUUACUAGUUUUGAAUUGUCAGAAUCAUAGCUUUGUAGACAUCAUAGACAACACCGUGGUUGGUGCAGCACGGCCCUCAUGUGGAUUGGGCCAGAAACUCAGUUUUGUCUUGGAAGCAGUCUUGUCUUGAGUCUUGUUUGGGAUCUGCCUCUUUUCCUGGUGCUGUGUUUCCUGUUGUGCAGGUGGAUGAUGCUGAUCUGUCCGGGGUGCCCGAGGAGUACUGCAAUCUGUGGCAGGUCUUCAGCAAGUCCCGGGCUGUGUCCCUGCCUCCUCACUGGCCUUAUGAUUGUGCCAUCAACCUCCUCCCAGACACUUCUCCGCCCAGGGGUCAGUUAUAUUCCCUGUCUGGUCCAGAAAGAGAGGCUAUGGACAAAUAUAUUUGUGAGUCCCUUGAUGCCGGUCUCAUCCGUCCCUCCUCGUCUCCUGCUGGCGCAUGAUUUUUCUUUGUUAAGAAGAAGGAUGGCUCCUUGCGCCCUUGUAUUGAUUACCAAGGUUUGAGUGACAUUACCAUUAAGAGUAGGUAUCCCCUGCCUUUAAUGUCAUCUGCCAUUGAACUUUUGCAGGGAGCCAAGGUCUUCAGUAAGUUGGACCUCCGUAAUGCUUAUCACCUGGUUCGGAUUCGAGAGGGGGAUGAGUGGAAGACAGCAUUCAUCACUCCUUCGGGACAUUAUGAGUACCGGUUGCUACCCUUUGGCCUGACAAAUGCCCCAGCUGUCUUCCAGGCCCUGGUACACAUCCAACACGUGCGCCAGGUGCUACAAAGGCUGCUGAAGAACCAGCUAUAUAUUAAAUCAGAGAAGUGUGUUUUCCACUCCAAGUCAGUUCCCUUCCUGGGCUAUAUAAUUUCAGCGGAGGGAAUCAAAGCAAAUCCCGCUAAGACCCUGAACGUCAGUUUAUUGUGGAGGUAGAUGCUUCUGAGAUUGGAGUAGAUGCGGUCCAUUCUUAGAGGUCCCCCAGAGAUGGGAAGGUACAUCCCUGUGCCUACUACUCUCACCGCCUGAGCCCAGCAGAACGGAAUUAUGACGUAGGGAACCGGGAGCUGUUGGCGGUCAGACUGGCCUUGGAUGAGUGGCGUCACUGGUUGGAGGGGUCAGCACAGCCCUUCUUGGUUUGGACGGACCAUAAGAAUUUGGAAUACGUCCGUUCGGCCAAGAGGGGAUACUAAGAGAACCUGUGCAUCAAUUGAAACCAUUAUCCCUAGAGAAAUUGUGGUGGGGUCCCUCUCCUGGGAUGUGGAGAGAAGAGUGCUGGAGGCCAUACGAGAGAGAGAGGUGCCAAGGGGGUGCCCAGAGGGUAGACUUUUCGUGCCAGCUGUGCUGCGCCUUGAAGUCCUCCAGUGGGGGCAUUCAUCCAAGUUAGUCUGUCAUCCUGGGGUUCGGAGAUCUCUGGCUGCCAUCCGCCAGCGAUUUUGGUGGCCAUCCAUGGCACAGGACAUCAGGCAGUUUGUGUUUGCCUGCCCAAUUUGCGCCCAGAACAAGAGUUCUAAUCAGCCUCCUGUUGGUCUGCUACACCCCUUACCCAUCCCCUCCCGCCCCUGGUCACACAUAGCCCUUGACUUUGUCACUGGUCUUCCACCAUCGAGGGGUAACACCGUAGUAUUGAUGGUGGUUGAUCGCUUCUCUAAGGCAGCCCAUUUCAUCCCCCUUCCCAAACUGCCUUCAGCUAAGGAGACAGCUCAAGUGGUGGUUGACUACAUCUUCCGGAUUCAUGGCCUUCCGGUGGACGUGGUUUCUGAUAGGGGGCCACAGUUUGUCUCCCGGUUCUGGAAGGAGUUCUAUUGACAGAUUCGGGGCCUCUACGAGUCUGUCGUCAGGUUUUCACCCUCAGACCAAUGGGCAGAUCAUCAUGUUGUUCUCGUUCAUGUCUCAGCUCUGUCCACAUCUCUCGUUUAGCCUGCACAGAGAUCGUGCCCGUUUUGUUUUUCAUCCUUUAGUUUUGUUUUUCCCUCUUCCUCCUGCUUUCAGGCAGCAUUACUCUUCAGCCCUCCUGUGCUCGUGAUCACCGAUCGCUGUCACUCCUCUUCUUCGCCGCACCGCAGUGCAACACCAGUUCCCUGCCUCAACAGCGCCUCCACCUCCCUGUCAGUUUAUCUGGGCAUUGCAUCAGUGGAUUUUCCAAGUGGAAUUCGUCUAGGAGGCUCCUUUGGAUCUGCUCCUGACUGCCUAUUCCUGGAUAGUUUUUUUUUUUUUUUUUUUUUCUGCCCUUUGAAAUUAAAGCCUAUCUAAUAAACUGACCUUUUGAUCACCUGCAACUGAGUCCUAGUCUCGCACUGACAAUUAAAGUGUGAGAAAAAUAUGUGCUAAUCUACAGAUGUGCGUAGCUCUGAAUCAUUUGUGACUCACAAUAAUGGCGGCAGACUGUCCCAGGAGAGAGAAAAAUUGUUAAAUAAAAAUGUGUUCUCAUAGUUUCAUAAAAUUACAGUUGAACCAGUGAUGUCAAAUUGACUUGGCCUAAUUUAACUAUGUCCUUUCUACGUUUCUGUACAUUGAUUGUGGUACCCUUGCUGUCUAUAGAGAGCUCUCGGAUUUCAUCAAAAAUAAGUUAUUUCAUUCUCCACGAUGAACUAAGGUCUCUUGGGUUUGGAACGACAUGAAGAUGAGUAAUUAAUGACAAAAUUUUCAUUUUUUGGGGUAAACUAUCCCUUUAAUAUUAGUCAUCUUUUUUAUGAUAGAAAUGUUAAAUGACAAACAGCUAAAUGCAGUGAUGGAAAGUAGUCAAUAAUAAUUGAUAAUCAAAUAUAGGUUUUCUAUCUGAACACUUAAAACUGUUAAUGUACUGUAUUCAUACUGUACAUCAUGCAUUUGAAAAAGGGGUGGGGUUAUUGACUCAGCAGUUAUCCAGUAAAAUGUCAAAUGGCAAACCCUGUCAUAGACUCUAACAUGUGACUUGUCAGAGGAAAUGACAUUAAGCCAUUUAUAGCCACACAAAGACUGGAGGAGAUGAUCUCACGGUCCAAAAAGUUCAUCCAUUAGACUCAGUAUUUACAGUUUUAAGAUACUAAAAGCAUCAGUAGAUUUUUUUUUUUUGUACAUUAAUGACACUUUCUGUUGUGGCUUUUCCGAUUGGUGUUUUUAUCUCCCACUGUGGAAAAAUGUUUCACAGAUUCAUAUUCUUCUGUUUGUGGCAUCUUGUUGAUGGAGUGAAGAUCGUGACAGUGACAGAGGGAGAUUCUAUCACUCUACACACUGAUAUCAGGAGACCAUAUUAUCCUUAUAAGACUUUUAUAGACUGGAGGUUUGGACCUGAACUUAAUCGGAUAGCUUCAGUUAUUCAGUAUAAUGAGGAGACAUCUUAUAUUAGAUAUUAUCAUGACGAGAUAUUCAGAGACAGACUACAGAUCAACAAUCAAACUGGAUCUCUGACCAUCAGGAACAUCAGAACAACAGACUCUGGACUUUAUCAAAUUAGGACUCCAAUCAAAAGAGAAUCAUUCAAUGUUACAGUCUAUGCUCGUCUUCCCAUCCCUGUCAUCAGCAGAUACUCUACAUGUUCUUCAUCAUCAUCAUCAGUGUCUAAUUGUUCACUGCUGUGUUCAGUGUUGAAUGUGAGUGCUGUGACUCUCUCCUGGUACAAAGGAAACAGUUUAUUGUCCAGCAUCAGUGUGUCUGAUCUCAACAACAAUAUAUCUCUAAAUCUGGAGGUGGAUUAUCAGGAUAACAACACCUACAGCUGUGUGCUCAACAAUCCCAUCAGCAACCAGACCACACAUCUCAACAUCACUCAACUCUGUCACACAUGUCCAGAUGCAGUGAAGAUACUGUCAGUGAUGGAGGGAGAUUCUGUUACUCUACACAUUAAUAUAGAUAUAUAUUUAAAGAAUUAUAUUCAGUGGAGUUGGUUUAGACCUGAAGAUUCUCACAAUGUUAGAAUCGUUGAACAUGAUGUGAAGACAGGUGAAAUUAGAUAUUAUCAUGAAGAGAUAUUCAGAGACAGACUACAGAUGGACAAUCAAACUGGAUCUCUGACCAUCAGGAACAUCAGAACAACAGACUCUGGACUUUAUCAAAUGAGGAGUCGAUUCUCAGUAGAAUCAUUCAAUGUUACAGUCUAUGAUGUGUUCACUGUUAACUGUUGUGGUUUCACCGAAGCUGUGAUUCGAUUGGUCAUCUCUGCUGUGGUGGGCGUGGCUACUGUUGCAAUCGUGGUGUAUGACAUCAGAUCCAGAAGAGCGGAGCAGCUAAGCAAAGAGAAACCAUGAGAUUGGAGAUUAAAUGUUAUUUUGAAAAUCUUAAGAAACAGAGAACUUUUUUGUGUGAAACUAUUAUUUCAACCACCAAACAAAUGUAAUGGUAGUUCUGCUUUCUUUUUCUUUGUAUUUUUUUCCCCAUUUAAAAUUGGGAAAUAUGAAAAAAUUCUUGAAGACGGACUGCAAGUUUCUGUUCUCUAUAAUACUAGAACACUAAUUAAAAAUAAAUAAAAUAAACAGCAACAACACAAUCUAUAUUUAGCCUAAUUUAAAUGGUAAUAAUUCAUCUUGAACUCAAUCAAUCAAUCAUGGCAGCUGGACAAUGAUUAAAUUGACUUUUCUGAUUUGUGUGAAAUAUACCUUUUAUUUUAUGAAAGUUACAGGUGAGAGUUUAUUACUCAUGAUCCUUGCUGCACAUAUCUUUUGAUUAAAAUGCAGUCAACGUUCAGUCUAAACUUGAAGAUCAUGACUCUGAACACAUCUAUUAAUGCUAAAGAGGAAAUGAUGGUGAAAGACCAACAUAAAUAGUCGAGCUGACUUGGCCCACUGCCUGUUUUAUUUUUAUUUUUUUUUGAUAUGUGAUAUACUGUAUAUAGGAAAGGAAAAUGGAAGUGAAGGUGCAGUGCAAGAGAAAGGUCAAGGCAGCGGGCAAAGGAUUCAGACCAUUUUGUAAUGUGAUGGCCGUACAAAUAAUAGGAUUGUCUGGUUCACACAUUGCUGUGGAUGUAUAGGCUAUACACAGGCUAUAACAAGGGGCCAAAAUUGCACCUUUUGGGGUACAACAGCUUGUCACUGGAACAAUAGUUUUGCAGUAGCUAGACAAUCAAACUGACAGCUGAAGGUCUGGAAUCCGUGGCAGCUUUCAUUAGCCAAGGCCCGUCCAUAAGGGCGUUUGACCGAUAUAUCAAACAACCAGUCACAGUUCGUUUAGUUUCAGCGUCACACACGCAUGGAAAUGUCGCCACAAUAACAACUCUCCGAUGUAUUUUAAAGAUUCUAUGCUGCAAACGUUAAAUAUUUCACAUACUUUUGAAUAUCCAGAGUUUAGUUGACCCUGAUAAGCGCUCUUCGUCACAGUUGUACACAUGAUGGCUUUCUUCUUUCGUCAGGGGGUUUGGCUUCACGGCAUCUUUGUAUCCGAACAGAACGUUAAAGAACGCGACAUAGACUUCUCCCGGAAGUCCUGUAGUAAUCUUCCAAUCUGAUGACGACUUCGACACUCCUGAUGUGUUUCAACUUUUUGUGUCCCAUAUGCAUCAGACGGUUAGCCAACGGUUGGUGGGCCUGACGUCUGAGACUGAGACUACUGGAACAAGACCCUUAAAAGGACAUAUCUGCUACGGUGUCAAGCUGUUGUACCCAAAAAGAUGGAGUGAAGAGAGUGUACACGGUGGAGGGAGACUCAGUCACUCUAAACACUGAUGUUCAUGAUAUAGACAGAAAUAUGUAUCAUAUAUUGUGGGGGUUUGGACCUGAAUGUACUUUUAUAGCGGAAUGGUAUGCUGAAGUCAUGUAUCAUUUCGAUCAAAAAUUUGGAGGCAGACUACAAAUGGACCGUCAGACUGGAUCUCUGACCAUCAGGAACAUCAGAACAACAGAUUCUGGACUUUAUCAAGGAGACAUCACAUAUUAUAACCCUUUCUUGCAGAAAACAGUGUUAUUCAAUGUCACUGUCUAUGCUUCCCUGCCCAUACCUGUCAUUAUCAGAAGCUCUUCACAAUGUGCUUCUUCAUCCUCAUCAUCAGGAUCUUUAGGUCAGAAUUGUUCACUGCUGUUUUCAGCUGUGAAUGUGGGUGCUGUGACUCUCUCCUGGUACAAAGGAAACAGUUUAUUGUCCAGCAUCAGUGUGUCUGAUCUCAGCAACAGUAUAUCUCUACCUCUGGAGGUGGAAUAUCAGGAGAACAACACCUACAGCUGUAGAGUAAACAAUUCCAUUAGUGACCAGUCGACACAUCUCAACAUCACUGAACAUUGUCAACCAUGUCCAGACUCCAUUCACUGUUGCGGUUUUACUGAAGCUGUGAUUCGAUUGGUCUUCUCUGGUGUGGUGGGCGUGGCUACUGUUAUCAUGCUGGUUUAUGAUAUCAGAUUCAGAAGAGCUGAAAAGAAGCGAAGAACAUAACAAUCAGUCACUGGCUUUGAAAAACAGGAAAUUAAUAAACUCGAUGUAAACAAAGUUCUUUUUCUUUUUUUCUUAUUUGCUUAAAGUUGUUUAAAAAUGACAGUACAUAUUGUUUGCAAGCUAGUGAUGUAUGAAUUGUGACUGAAUUGUUGUUUUGACUCAGUUUUUUUUAAUGAAUAGGCCUAAGUCCCAAUGAUUUCCAUAGCAAAGAGGUCUGCAUCAAGACGAAUCUUAUCCAAUAACCAAAAAAAAUAAAAAAAUAAAAAAACCACUGAAAAGCCAUGGAAAUGGUCACACAGAUGUUGAAGAUGAAGUUAACUUUUGCAUAGAAAUUUAUGUUUUCUUUUGUCUUAUAGAUAAUAUUGCUGCAUUAGUGUUACCUUUAUAAAGGGUUUAUAAAGGUGUUAUUAAAUGGUUAGUAGCUCACAAAUACAUUACAAAUCAUUGAUGAGCAGUUAUAAAUGCAUGCGUAAAAGGGUGAUUUUAAUGCAAUACCUGCCAAGAAGUGAACCAUUUUUAACUCACAUGUUAUAAUUGCUUAACAAAUAUAUUUAUAAAUACUUAUUUCACUUAAAACCAGAUUCCUUAUUGUAUUUAUGAUGCAGAUGGAUUUAACCUGCAGAUACAGAUGCAUAAAUUUUAUUUUAGAUUCAUAAUUUUACUUCGUUAAAUUACAUCACUGGUUUUCCCUUCUUUCUUUGCGUAAACAUUUGGGUGGUGUUAUGCAAAUCUUCCCACACAGUGACAUAGACGUGGGGGGUGUUAGAAAGAGGCAUUUUAGGAAGGCGUUGUUGAGUCUUAACUUUUAUAAAGAAUAUCUCUUUGAAUUUAAAAUUUUAGUCUUUGCAACUUUAGGUAUCUUCUCUAUUUAUGAACAGUUUGUAACACUCCAAAGAGAAAGGAAAACUUGAUAUGGCAUCAUAUGACCCAUUUUUUUUUAAAAGGAAUAGGUAAAUUUUUUUCCUGUUUUGACCCCCUCAUCGGAACGCUCUGUUUGAACAGGCAUGGAGGAUUGUAUAUAGUCAGUGCAGCAUCGUCUUUCAGUUUCAAUCUUUAUGAAAAUCCCAUGUGGAAAUGUGCCUCGUUUGUAAACGAAUCCGCGAAAUGAAAUGAAGUGAACAGAGGACAUAGUUCUUACUGACGUGGUCUGGAUCUUCAUGAAAAAUAAAGUUCAUUCACUCUUUCCUAAUGCUGGGAUCAGAUGGAAGGCAACACUGUAAAAAAAAAAAGAAAGCAAAACUGUGAAAAUCCUACAGUACAAACCUGUUAAAUGGUUAACGGUAAUUUCCUGUCAAAUUUAAAGGGAGAAAAAUUCAACUGACGUUCCCAGAAUUCUCUGCGUUGCAUUUAAAAAAUGUUUGAAUUUGAUGUUUUUUCUUUGAAAUAACUGUUUCUUCUUUUUUUUUUUUUUAUCUUUUAUGUUUAUUAGGGAGGGUUGUAUGUUACAUAUAAUGUUGUUAAAUUAAUGUUUAUUGCAUAUGUCAGUUGGAGUCUCACCAUGAUGGUGUUUAGUGUUUGUGUGAAUGACACUGUGCACUUUCUACGUAUCUUAUUAUUAAAAAGCUGUUUGAUGG